AUGCCUCAGCAGAACGUACCCGCGUCCCAUGGCUCGUUACGAGGCCAAGGCCCAUCCCUCCGCCGAGGGCCCAACAAAAUAUCGAAGGCCAUUCCCAGCCCACGUGAAGAACAAGACGGGCGGGGCCCACAAGCCCUGCGUAUGUCCGAUCAAGUGUCCACGCCUUCCCUCGGCCAGACGCGAGCGUCUCAAUCCUCCACCGUCUCGGGUUCGCGACGGCAACCAUAUGGCGCAACAUCAUUCCACAACCCGCAAUAUUCGAUCUCCUCCGCUGUGUCGCAUGAUUCGACCUUACAGUGGCGCCGGGGAAGCGCCCUGAAGAAUGUCAUGCGAAAGCUUUUUACGAGGAAGCGACAGAGUCAGUUGGAUGAGGACGAAGGGGAGAGGGAACAGCUCACAAACAUAAGGACUGAGAAAGAGAACGACGGGACAGGGCCUAGCAGGGGCCUAUUUGCAGCGGUGCACAAUUCACCAGGCGCAAAUGGCACGCCAUCUAUAACAACCAACAAACGAUCCACCGGAAUAAGUCAUCUUUCAUCCUCAUCAUCAGAUCACCAGGUUCAACUAGGCCAAAGUAUGACACUCCCGGUGCCGAGACAAGGUCCGCGACGAAGAGCCACUCUGCCCAGCCUGGUUUUGUCAGAUGAGGACGCUAGGGAGACGGCGAUGUCGGUAGUGGCUGCCUCCAGCCCACGACCCGGAAGUGCUGUCAGCCGCGAGCCUCCACGCAGCCUCGAGCAACGGUCCCGGGCGAGCACACAAGUGCACCGACGCUCCCAGAGCGCUGGUGCUCUGCGAGACCUGAUGCGACGUCACCGGAUGUCUCCCAUCCAGUGGCGCCGGCGCAGCGACGAGAUGAAGUUCUGGCCGACUAGUACCCUGGACCUGGAUCACGAUCAUGUUCCACCGCAUGAGCGACCUCAAACAAGCGCAACUGAGACGACGGCAGCUACGAUGGAGGAAGACCAGAUUCAACCUUUGGAAGGUCGCGAUACCGCGCCUCAGACCGAGCCGGAAGGCGCCCCGUUCAACCUGGGAAACCUGAUUCAGGAUCCGGACGUUACUCUAGAACAGCGGGUCACCACCCUUGAAGUGAAACUGAUGGAUCUGGAGUUUGCGAUUGCCAAAAUCCAAGGCACACAGGGGAUAGGCUUUGCUGGGAACCGCGGUAGACCGGACGCCACAAAAAGGGACGGUGUCCGGAGAGCGCCAUCCCUCCCUGUCGCAUGCUCUACUUCUUUCGCGGGGGACGGUCGACCGAUCAGCACUGGCACGCUGCGACCGAAUACGGCCUAUCCCCGAAACCAGCCGUCGUGGCAGACGCCAUCAUCAUCCACCACGAAUCUCAACAACAUAUCCAUAGAUCAAUACAGUGCGCUCGUCACUUUAGUGCGGAGAGAGCAAACGGCGCGGAGAGCUCUGGAAGACCAAGUCGCCCAACUACAGGAAGAAAUGCGCCACCUCCGGCAGGCAGGCCACUUGCCCGUAUCGCCCCCGGGUACUUAUUAUCCUAUCCCCAGCCCGGACUCCGAUGACGCACGAGGAUCUCGACGACUGCACACGACACCUUCUCGUAAGGAGGAGCGACCGGUGGUCGAGUCAGAGGCGGCAACCGAAGGGAAUCAUUACGAGUCGCGCCACUGGGACAGCUCGCACUACCGCUCGAAUAUAGAGACGAACCAGCGAAAUGUUGUGCCGGGCAUGAUAUAG